CGGUCCGCUGUUGCUCAUUUUAGAUGCUAACUCAGGCACCCAUGCCGCCAUCGGCUUCGCCCCUCUCUCUUCGUGGCUUCUUCUUCCUAUGUCCCAGGUUCAACUCUUUCCCACGAAAUUGCAAAUUCAAACACCAAAAAUUCCUGAAACCUAUUUCUAAAAGUCACAAGUUACUCAGUGGAAACUUGAUAUUUGCUGCUUUCAGCAACGCUGCUUUAAACUAUGCUCACGGCUACGAUGAAGUUCCGGAGAGGGAGAGCGGAGGGGAUGGAAGUGAAAUUGCUUUCUUGCAUCUCAUGGAAGAACGUGGGGUUCGUGCCAAUUCCCAGACCUAUUUGUGGUUGUUAGAGGGGUGUCUGAAAUCUGGAUCGUUUUCUGAUGGUUCGAAGCUUCAUGGGAAGAUUCUGAAGAUGGGUUUUUGUACAGAAGUGGAUUUGUGUGAUCGUCUUAUGGAUUUGUACAUUUCAUUUGGUGAUUUGGAUGGUGCAGUCAAGGUUUUCGAUGAUAUGGCUGUUAGACCUUUGUCUUGUUGGAAUAAGAUUCUGCUUAGGUUUGUUGCAGAGAAAUUGACUGGUCACGUUGUGGGUUUGUUUUGGCGAAUGAUGAAAGAGAAUGUGAAACCUGAUGAGAAAACUUUUGCAGGGGUUUUGAGGGGUUGUAGUGGUAAUGCUAUUCCUUUCCACUAUGUGGAGCAAAUCCAUGCCAGGACUAUAACUCAUGGUUUUGAAAGUAGUCCGUGGAUAUGUAAUCCUCUGAUUGAUCUCUAUUUUAAAAAUGGCUUUUCCAACUCUUCUAAGAAGGUAUUUGACUAUUUACAGGAGAGGGAUAGUGUUUCUUGGGUAGCUAUGAUAUCUGGUUUAGGGCAAAGUGGGUGUGAAGAAGAAGCAGUUCUUCUGUUUUGCCAGAUGCACGCAUCUGGAGUCUGUCCAACCCCUUAUAUUUUUUCAAGUGUUCUGAGUGCCUGUAAAAAUGUAGAAUUUUUUGAGCUUGGAGAGCAGCUCCAUGGCCUUGUUCAGAAGCAGGGAUUCUCAUCCGAAACAUAUGUUUGCAAUGCCCUAGUGACAUUUUAUUGCCGUUCUGGGAACUUUAUAGCUGCAGAGCAAGUUUUUAAUGCAAUGUCACAGAGGGAUAGAGUUUCAUAUAACUCACUUAUUUCUGGUCUCGCUCAACAAGGAUACAGCGACAGAGCUUUCGAGCUGUAUAAGAAAAUGCAUCUUGAUUGCUUGAAGCCUGACUGUGUAACAGUUGCAUGUCUUUUGAGCGGAUGUGCAUCCGCUGGGGUUCCUCUAAUAGGAAAACAAUUACACUCAUAUGCAUUAAAGGCAGGAAUGUCAUCAGACAAAAUCCUGGAAGGUUCACUGCUUGAUCUCUAUGUGAAAUGCUCAGAUAUAAAAACUGCCCGUGAUUUUUUCCUUGAAUCAGAAACUGAAAAUGUGGUCCUCUGGAAUAUGAUGCUCGUGGCUUAUGGCCAGUUGGACAAUCUUAAUGAAUCAUUUAAAAUAUUUGCUCAGAUGCAGAUAGAUGGAAUUUUACCUAAUCAAUUUACCUAUCCUAGUAUUUUGAGAACUUGCACUUCUUUCGGAGCUCUUGAUCUAGGAGAACAGAUUCAUACUCAAGUUGUUAAAACUGGCUUUCAGUUCAAUAUGUAUGUCUCUAGUGUGCUGAUUGACAUGUAUGCAAAACAUGGAAAGCUAGAUACUGCACUAGAAAUCCUUAGAAGACAUAAAGAGAAUGAUGUUGUUUCGUGGACAGCCAUGAUUGCUGGGUAUGCAAAACAGGAUAAGUUCCUUGAAGCUCUUAAACUCUUUAAAGAAAUGCAAGAUCAAGGGAUACAAUCUGAUAAUAUAGGAUUUGCAAGUGCUAUAAGUGCAUGUGCAGGUAUCCAAGCACUUGAUCAAGGACGGCAGAUUCACGCUCAGUCAUGUGUCGGUGGUUAUUCAGAUGAUCUUUCAAUUGGUAAUGCACUUGUUAGUCUUUAUGCUAGGUGUGGAAAACUACGAGAAGCAUACUUUUCUUUUGAUAAAAUAUUUGCUAAAGAUAAUGUAUCAUGGAACUCAUUGAUAUCUGGUUUUGCACAAAGUGGACAUUGUGAGGAAGCACUGAAUCUAUUUGCUCAAAUGUGUAGAGCUGGACUGGUAAUCAAUUCAUUCACAUUUGGUUCCGCAGUUAGUGCUGCUGCUAAUGUUACUAAUGUUAAACUAGGCAAGCAAAUUCAUGCCAUGAUUAAAAAAACUGGUUAUGAUUUAGAAACUGAGGUUUCUAAUGCUUUGAUAACGCUAUAUGCUAAAUGUGGUUUAAUUGAUGAUGCCGAGCGACACUUCUUUGAAAUGCCAGAUAAAAAUGAGGUUUCGUGGAAUGCCAUGAUUACUGGUUAUUCCCAACAUGGUUGUGGAUUUGAAGCACUAAACCUUUUUGAAGAUAUGAAACGUCUUGGUGUAUUGUCAAACCAUGUUACCUUUGUGGGAGUUUUAUCAGCAUGUAGCCAUGUGGGUUUGGUGGAUGAGGGAAUUAGCUACUUUCAAUCAAUGAGUGAAGUUCACUGUUUGGUACCGAAACCUGAACAUUAUGCAUGUGUUGUGGAUCUUCUAGGACGGUCUGGUCUUUUAAGCCGUGCAAGGAAAUUCGUUAAGGAGAUGCCAAUUCAACCAGAUGCAAUGGUAUGGAGGACCCUUUUAAGUGCUUGUACUGUUCAUAAGAAUAUGGACAUUGGAGAGUUUGCUGCUAGUCAUCUUUUGGAACUGGAACCCAAAGAUUCAGCAACCUAUGUUCUGCUUUCAAAUAUGUAUGCAGUUACUAGGAGAUGGGGUUGUAGGGAUCGGACAAGGAAAAUUAUGAAAGAUAGAGGUGUUAAGAAAGAGCCUGGUCGUAGCUGGAUUGAGGUUGAUAAUUCUGUUCAUGCAUUUUUCGCUGGUGAUCAGAAUCACCCCCAUGCAGAUAUGAUAUAUGACUAUCUCGGAGAGCUGAAUGUUCGGGCAGCUGAAAAUGGUUAUGUUCCCCAGUGCAAUAGCCUUUGGAAUGAUGUAGAGCGGCGUAAAAAGGAUCCAAAAGAAAUUAUUCACAGUGAGAAACUUGCAAUUGCUUUUGGUUUGCUUAGUUUGCCUAGCUCCACUCCUGUCCAUGUUUUUAAAAAUCUUCGUGUUUGUGGGGAUUGCCACAACUGGAUUAAGCAUGUCUCUAAGAUAUCAGAUCGAGUGAUCAUAGUGAGAGAUUCAUACCGCUUUCAUCAUUUCACAGUUGGUGGUUGUUCUUGUAAAGAUUAUUGGUAAGAUGGUGAAGGAAUGAAUCCCUCUAGGCUUGUGUGGGGUGUGGAUGGCGAGCGAGCAUUGCAGCUUGCAGAUUGGGUUUUAUUGGUCACCCAUGUCUGUGGUGAACAAUAAUAGCUGAAGAAUUUCAUGGAUUCCUCUGCAUGCAUUAUUUUUGACACAUACAUCAUGCUCAAGUUAUUGGCGAUGUUUGGUUUUCCCCAGAAUACUGAUUUUCUGUCUCUUUCAUGGAUCAUUAUCUAUACUCAAAAUGGAGGACUUUGCUGGUUUGGAGUUGGAAAGGCAUUUGCUGCUGCCACUUGAAUUAUAUUUGAUACUUGGUACUGCUGCAUUAAUAUUUGGUUCGGCGGCUUCCAAGAUAGAGUUGCAUGGUGUAAUUAAUUUUAGGGGCAACACAAAAAAGAAAACGGGGAAAGACAAAAUGUAGAAGAGUUUACCACGAUCAGUUGAUGAUGGAGAGGAAGUCAUCUUGAAUAAGGAAGGAGAACCUAUUGGACCAAAUCAAGAUUGUUCUUGAACUUGGCAGUAUUUUGGGAACACUAACAAGAAGUGCAGAUUUGUUUCCUCUUACACAAAUUGGAAAUCUAUACUAGAAAAACAUAGAUAUGGAAUUUUGUUAAUGUAAAGUUAUUUAGUUUUGUAUAUGUUCGGUUACUUAAUAAGAAAUCUUGAUUAUUAA